AUGAGCUCGGCCGUGUUCUUCCACCGCGAGAUGAAGCUGUUCUUCGAUCAUUACGUGAAGGUCGGUGAAGAGUCGGUAUUCGGGCGCAUCGGCAAGUACUAUGGCGCCGUGGAGACGAACGAACGAGGGCGCUUCAUGUUCACGGCUUGCUCUGGCUGCACGGAACGCGCAUCUCAGCUCGAUGCUUGCCGACAUCCACGGGAGGAUCAGGCGGCGUAUCGCGAGCGAAUCGUCCGAUACAUCGAUAGCGUCUUCUCAGAGGAUCUGGACCAGGAAAGUUUUGCGCCGUGCAAGCGGGCGAUCUGUGACGGGCGAUCCGGAGGACACAGCAUGGUCAAUCGAUGGAACGAGGCUAUUGCUGUCGGGCUCCGGCACAACCAUGAUAUUUCCUUCAUUGCGACGCAGCGCAAGACAAUGGCCCUCAUCUAUUAUGUCACGAACUACGCGACCAAGGUGGAGGACCCGGUGUGGAAGCGUGUGGCGGCCGCGGCCGAGCUCCUGGCCGCCUCAACAGGUGAUGGCACGGCCAACGGAGGGCGGGACGGUGGCGGAGACGCUGCCACCGAUGACCCUGUCGAGGUCGUCGCUCACCUUCUCGGAUAUCCGGCCGAGUUCACCGACAGCAGCGCGUGGGCGUACCUGAACUGUUCUCUGCUGUACUGGGAAGUCUUUCGGCGAUGGCGGCAUCUCCGAGCCAGUGGCGCUGCGGCUACGGAUGACACCUUGGAUGAGUCGGUCGUCGUCGAAGAAGAAGGCCUGAGAAUCUCCCGUCGAGGCGUACCAGCACCGGGAGAGCUGCUGAAAGGCCUAUGCCUGUAUGACUACAUAUCGAUCGUCAGACUGAAACGCAUCGGCAACGACGAGGCUGGGCGGCUUGGGAGAUGUCUUUCGAGGAUGGAUGGGCGCCGGGACGACGCUGGGUUCAGGUGCUCAGGCGGCCGGGCAAGCGCUACCGCCUGCCUCGACGGCUACCUGAGCAAGGACUUCACCUACGAUGACGAGUCGUGCUACCGGAGGGCAGCCGUGCAGCAUCUUGCGCUGUUCGUGCCGUGGGAGUCCUUCCUGGGCGAAGGAACAGCCUCGUCCGGCGAUGGCGACCCGACGGUCGCACGUCGAGGAGGUGGAGCAGGCGAGGCGGGCGCGGAGUCUGCAGCGACAUAUCAGCCCAACAGCAUCGGAGACGCAACGCGGCUCAUCGACGUCGUCCGAGGUGCAGUGGGAGCGAAUCAGGUGACGGCCAAGUCGCCGGAGCUCAUGGCAAUGAUACAGCAGCUCUGUCGGUUUCAGCAAUCGGCGCUGCGCUCGACGGCCGAGCUCGAGGCCACGGCGCUGAUCGAACGAGGGGAGAGGCGGUUAAGCAUGCCAGGGGGGGGAUUUUUCGGGGGCGCACUACCGCCGCCGGGUCAGGGCAAGGCUAUCAAGUCGCAGCAGGGAAGUGCCUCGAAGGAGGGAAGUGAUGACCGGUUUCGGGAGGACGAGGUCGAAAUGACGAUGGCCGACGACGAGACCGCUAUCGACGCAGGGCGGGAAUGGACGUUCAGUUUGGCCCAUCAACCUCCUCCUCGCGGCGGGCAAGGUGUUGGCAACACGGCUGACGCUGAACAAGAGGCAGUCCAUCGCUUUUCUGAUAAUAUGCCGCCAGCUCGAUUUGAUGCAGCAGACCGACGGGGCGAUGCCUGCCAGCUGCGCCAUAAAGAGCCUUUCGAUCGUCUGCUGAUCACGGCGACGUCGGGGACUGCGGCGGCGCGGAUCAACGGCAUCACGAUCCACUCCGCCUGCGGGUUCACUAAAGACCAAGGGCGGGGCGCGAACAUGGUCAAAGACCUUGACGGGGUGCGGCUGCCGAAACAGGCGGAGCGGUUCAUCCACGGCCAGUCUCGAAUGGAUUGGCAGGAGAAGGAUGUGCUCGUCAUCGACGAGUUCCGGCCGGUCAAGAGGUCGAUCGUCCUGCCUAGCGCGGCCAUCUCGUGGGACGUAGACAACUCGUUCAAGGCCGAGCAGCGUCACCAGCACGACAAAGCGCACGCACUGUGGAAGAGGUUCACGACGGUCGUCAUGCUGGACGAGCAGAUGCGCGCCGCCGGCGACCCGGAGCUGCAGAGGCUGCUGAAGCGGAUCCGUCUAGGCGUGCAGGAUCGGAUCUAA